AUCGCCUCCUCCUCUCCUCAUUUAUGCUCCACUCUCUCUCUCUCUCUCUCUCUCUCUGUACUGCAACGUUCUAGUGAGAGAAAAAAGCUAAGAGAAAAAGGAAGUACUCUCUCUCUCUCUCUCUCUCUCUCUUUCUCUAGAUGGACUGUCCCAUGCGGUAGAUUCGAAGUCGUUCUCCCCGCCCCGCUUCUCAAGUCGCCAUCUUUACGCCGCCGUUCGCCGAAAGGCCCGAUUUUGUCCGGCGGGUCGGCGCGAAGAUGUCGGUCUACAACUCGUCGUUCGUGAACACCGAGCUCUCCAAGCCGACCUCCAUCUUCGGCCUCCGCCUCUGGGUCGUCAUCGGCAUUUUCCUCGGUUCCCUCAUCGUCGUCGCGCUCUUCUUCCUCUCCCUCUGCCUCACCUCCCGCCGGCGCGGCGGCGGCGGCGGCGGCGGAGGGAAGGGCGGCUCCAAGCGGGGGCGGCGCCGCGGCGGGGGCGGGCCACCCGAAGCGGCGGCGGCCGCCACGCCCCCCAUCUCGAAGGAGAUCCUGGAGAUCGUGCCGUCGGAGGCGCCCCACGCGGGGCCGGUGCCGGAGAUCCAGAUCGACAUGGGGAAGGUGGAGCACCGGGUGGUGUACUCGGAUCGUUACUCGAGCGGGGAGAGCAGGGGGACAGAGAGGACCGAGACGGCGUCGCUGGGGAGCGGGAACGUGGGGCCCGAGGUGUCGCACUUGGGGUGGGGGCGGUGGUACACGCUGAGGGAGCUCGAGGAGGCAACGGGCGGGUUGUGCGAGGAGAAUGUGAUCGGCGAAGGUGGAUACGGGAUUGUGUACAGAGGCGUGCUUGGCGAUGGCACGAGAGUGGCUGUGAAGAAUCUCCUUAAUAACAGGGGACAAGCUGAAAAAGAGUUCAAGGUGGAGGUUGAAGUGAUUGGGCGCGUAAGACACAAAAAUCUUGUCAGGCUGCUUGGUUAUUGCGUUGAGGGUGCUUAUAGGAUGCUUGUGUAUGAGUAUGUUGACAAUGGAAAUCUAGACCAGUGGCUUCAUGGGGAUGUAGGCGAGGUCAGCCCUCUUACGUGGAAUAUUCGUAUAAAUAUUAUACUUGGAACCGCAAAGGGAUUGGCCUACCUUCAUGAGGGUCUUGAACCUAAAGUUGUCCACCGAGAUGUGAAGUCCAGCAACAUACUGCUGGAUCGACAAUGGAACUCGAAGGUGUCAGAUUUUGGACUUGCAAAGCUUCUUUGUUCUGAUAUGAGUUAUGUCACAACCCGUGUGAUGGGAACAUUUGGUUACGUAGCACCAGAAUAUGCUUGCACCGGAAUGCUGAAUGAGAAGAGUGAUGUCUACAGUUUUGGAAUACUGAUCAUGGAAAUAAUAACGGGCAGAAGUCCUGUUGAUUAUAGUCGACCAAAGGGCGAGGUGAAUUUGGUUGACUGGUUGAAGGCCAUGGUUGGAGAUCGAAAAGCUGAGGAAGUAGUCGAUCCAAAGCUGCCUGAGAUGCCUGCUUCAAAAGCGCUCAAGCGGAUUCUUCUGGUUGCUCUUAGAUGCGUUGACCCUGAUGCAACGAAGAGGCCCAAAAUGGGUCAUGUAAUGCACAUGCUUGAGGCUGAUGACUUGCUGUUCCGUGAUGAUCGUCAAAUUGGGAGAGAGCCUUCACUCUCAAACCGGGAAAACCAGCAGGAUAACCAUGCUGAUGCAAGGUUAGGAAGUAAAGCUACUAGCGAAGGAACUUCCGAUUCGAGUAGAUAUGAUAGCGAUAGGAACUAUCAGCAGCCUACUAGAUGGAGAUAACAAACACAAGAUGCACCUGCAAAGCAAAUAUAGAUACCAUUUUUACUCAGGAAAUUGUCAUUUAUAUCUGAUUUAUGCAUUAGUUACACCUUUCCUCUUCUUAUUUGUUUUCCCCCACUGGAUCUGCUGUGAGCAGAGAGAUCUGUUGCUAUAGUUGGAAAACUUACCAUUGGCCUCUUUUAUACCAUCUCUUUGUCAAUUCCUCGUCCAAUAGAGAGUGUAAAGCUUGUUCACAUGGCUCUAAAAACUUCCAUCGCUAUCGUCACCCCGCCCCGAGUCGAGAUGAAUACACCCGGUGGCCCUACUCGGGCAGCUGUCCUGAUGGGCGAGCGACUCUUGUUCGCCAUUGACGCUGCUGGUUUCCUGAACUGGAGGGUUGUGGGGGGAGAUGGACCCAGUGGCCAGCCUGACCAGUGGAAGCAACCGCACCUUGUCGUUGUUCGCAAUAUGUUCUUCUUCCUUGUAAUCCCUGGACGCAUGCACGCUCGCGCGCAAGCUGGCUGGCCACACAUGGUUUGCAGCUUGCAUCUCGCUAUCAACAUGCCAAGACAUGCCCUCCUCUUCACUCAACAGAGCCUGUUCAAUUUAGAAUCUUUUUCUGUCCCAUCAUCCUCUCUUUCUGCAAUUAUUCUGACUUGGUCCUAUUAAUUAUCACUGGACGUGGCUUUUUCU